CGGGUCGGGUAUGAGUAGUCACAGUGCUCUCAAACAUGAAAAAUGGCGGUAAAAUGCAGGAGCUGGAUUCUUCUUUACCGCAGAACAAAUCCACCUGAACCCAAAGCCUCACUUUCGCUCUCUCCAGGUCUCCUUUUCCGGCCACCAGUUAACUCAACUACAAAUCUUUAUAUGCAUGAUUUUAGUCAAUUAGGGUUUUUCUCUGCCGGAAAAGUAGAUUUCUAAAAUCAUAACUUUGUAAGAGCUGCACAAAUGACGUGGGAUACGUCUUCAUCAGGAUACGGUUUUGAGAUAUUGGAGUCGUUGAGUGAUGAUUCCAUAACAGAGAUAUCGGAAAACUGGAAUGGCUUUUGCUCCACUUCAGAAGCUCUCCUCAAAAGCAGUGGUGAUUUGUCAUUCGGCGACGAGUUUGUAAUGCGAGCUAAGAAUCUCUGUAACCACGGCCUUGCAGCUCUAGUUGAAAAACACUUCCUUCGCCUCAUUGAGGAAAUUUUCGAGAGAAAUGGAGCAAGAAGAUUCUGGAGUUAUUUUGAACCUUACAGCAAUGCUGCACCAUCUGAAACUAAUAAGGAUCCAAUUCUAGAAGAAGAGAUUCAGCAAGUAAUAUGUAAAGCUUUGGAAGAAAUAGCAUCUCAAAAGCAGUUCCAGGAGAAGUGCCUAUUAUUGUUGGCUCGUGCUUUACAGUCCUACGAAGAAGAAAAAUUGCAAGGACAAGCGAACCCAGAUUCUACUCGAGUUUAUCUGUUCUCGAAAUAUCAACUAAUUGUGUCUUCAGUUCUUUUGGCUAGCCUUCCUCACCAUUUUCCUGGGAUGCUAAACUGGUACUUCAAAGGAAGACUGGAGGAGCUGAGUACAAUUGCAGCUGCGAACUCCGAGGAUGAAGAUGAGUUAGGCAUGGAUGAUAAAAUGGAUUUAGAUGAGAAAAGCAAACUUCCCUACAAAUGUGGUGAUAUGGAUAGUGAUAUAAACCAUAAAUAUGCUGUAUUUUCAGAGAACAAUAAGUUGGUGAAGAACAUUGGAAUGGUUGUUCGGAAUCUGAGAAAUAUUGGCUUUACAUCUAUGGCGGAAGAUGCAUAUGCUUCUGCUAUAUUUUUUCUUUUAAAGGACAAAGUACAUGAUUUGGCUGGUGAUGACUAUAGGAGCUCUGUUUUGAAGCCCAUCAAAGCAUGGAUACAGGCUGUGCCCCUUCAGUUCUUACGAGCACUUCUUGAUUACCUUGGAGAUUUUACUAGCUGCAAUGACCCUUCCCCUGGCUUGAAAUCUCCCCUGGCAUCCCACCCCUCCUUGUGCUAUUCUGGAACUGGAAUUCCAUCUGAGGGGCUUGUUAGAUGGCAGUUGCGCUUAGAGUAUUAUGCUUAUGAAACCUUGCAAGAUCUCAGAAUAGCCAAACUUUUUGAAAUCAUUGUGGACUAUCCGGACAGUGCUCCUGCUAUUGAAGACUUGAAACAAUGUCUUGAGUAUACUGGGCAACAUUCAAAGCUGGUAGAUUCUUUUAUCUCAUCUCUGAGAUAUAGAUUACUAACAGCUGGUGCCUCAACUAAUGAUAUAUUGCACCAAUAUGUUUCAACAAUCAAAGCACUUCGAACUAUAGAUCCUGCAGGUGUUUUUCUUGAAGCUGUUGGUGAGCCAAUAAGAGAAUACCUGAGGGGGAGAAAAGAUACAAUUAAAUGCAUUGUGACCAUGCUUACUGAUGGAACUGGUGGAAAUCCGAAUGGACCAGGCAGUUCUGGGGAUAGCCUGCUGGAAGAAUUGAACAGAGAUGAAGAGAGUCAAGAGAACACUACUGUUGAUGAUGAUAUUAACUCCGAUGACAAGCAAGCAUGGAUUAAUGCACAAAACUGGGAGCCUGACCCUGUAGAGGCCGACCCAUCGAAGGGAAGCAGAUACCGAAGAAAGGUUGACAUACUUGGUAUGAUAGUUGGCAUAAUUGGUUCCAAAGAUCAGCUGGUUAAUGAAUAUCGUGUAAUGCUGGCUGAAAAGCUUUUGAACAAAUCUGAUUAUGACAUUGAUGCCGAAAUACGUACUCUAGAGCUUCUCAAGAUUCAUUUUGGGGAAAGCAGCAUGCAGAAAUGUGAAAUAAUGCUUAAUGAUUUGAUUGACUCAAAGAGGACAAAUACAAAUAUAAAAGCAACUAUCAAGCAUCAACCACAGCCAGAGCAAAGGGACCUUGAUGUAUCUCUAGACAAUCUUAAUGCUACCAUCAUAUCUUCAAAUUUCUGGCCUCCUAUUCAGGAUGAGGCAGUCAACUUACCAGAGCCUGUGGAGCAGCUACUGACUGAUUAUGCUAAAAGGUAUACUGAAGUCAAGACACCACGUAAGCUAAUAUGGAAGAAAAAUCUGGGCAGUGUAAAGUUGGAGCUCCAAUUCGAAGAUAGAGCAAUGCAGUUUAAUGUUACUCCUUUGCAUGCUUCAAUUAUUAUGCAGUUUCAAGAUCAGAAAAAGUGGACAUCUAAAAAUCUUGCUGCUGCAGUUGGAGUACCUAUUGAUGUGUUGAAUAGGAGAAUAAAUUUUUGGAUAAGCAAGGGAGUUCUGGCAGAGUCAAUGGGGGCAGACUCUGCUGAUCAUGCUUUUACUCUGGUGGAAACGAUGAAUGAGACAGGUAAAAGUGGAACUAUCGAUGGAGGCUGUGAGGAGCUAUUGGCGGGUGAUGAGGAUGGAGAACGCUCUGUGGCCUCUGUUGAAGAUCAAUUGCGAAAAGAGAUGACUGUCUAUGAGAAAUUUAUCACUGGGAUGCUUACCAAUUUUGGCAGCAUGGCAUUGGACCGUAUUCAUAAUACUCUCAAGAUGUUCUGCAUUGCUGAUCCUACAUAUGACAAAUCACUGCAACAACUGCAAAGCUUCUUAUCUGGUUUAGUUGCUGAGGAGAAGUUGGAAUUCAGAGAUGGAAUGUACUUUCUGAGAAAGUGAUCAAUUCCGUCUAUAUUGUCUUGGUGGCAUAAACCUUAUCACCACUCCUCAGACGAUGAAAUGCAAUAACAUGCUGUUAAGAAGGUAAUAACAACAUUUGGCUGCAGAGAGAUCUCUUUUCUCUACUCUUUUCAAGUGCAGAAAUAUCUGUUAACUCCUUGCAGUCGAUCAUUUGUGUGCUAUUUAAUCAAGCUGAGGGUAAGUUCAAAUCAAGAAGGUUCCUGUGGGUUAGAAUGAAUCGUCAUGCUAAACGCACAAGGAAGAGUGUUAGUAAUAUUUGUUAGCAGAUCCUUUGCGAUGACAAAGAAACAAAGCCAGCUAAGAGAAGACGUUGGAUCUGGUGCUCUAUAAAGAGUUUGCUAGUCAGUUAGUUGACAGUUCACUUAUUUUCUGUAUAUGAUGUAAACUGAGAAGAUUGCACAUUUGCUUUCAACAGAAAGGGGUGUCAUUGUUUAUUUGCUGUAUAUGAUGUAAACUGAAUACACUGGCCUUUUGAUUUCAAAAGUAAUGUGAUUCAAACUCUUCGCAA